UUUCAACGAAGUACAGACAACAUUAGCGAGAAAACGUCAUGUCAUUUCCAUUUCGUUCGCCAAAGAUAUUGAAACGGAAAAGUAGGUCGUCAGUAUUGAUUUUUACAAUAUUCGUUGAACAAAGAACGUAGCUGUCCGCUGUAUCUGCAACGCGAUAAAUUACAUGCAUUCCUGAAAUCGGCGCCAGCAUCGAGAAAAAUGCCUGACGCGGAGCUCACAGCUCCUACCGUGGAGAAUGUCCGCGUGGUCGUACGAGUCCGGCCAAUGGACCAGCGAGAGAAGCUCGACGGCUCCUACAACUGUGUCUCCGUGGAUAGCACCAACCAUACUGUGGCGGUGACCAGGAACAACGUGACUCCGCCCGAACCGCCGAGGGUUUAUGCGUACGAUGCCGUCUUCGAUUAUAAUACUAGUCAGAUGGACAUCUACGUGCAGACGGCCAGCCCCAUAGUGGAGCAAGUCCUCAAAGGCUACAACGGCACGAUCUUCGCGUACGGUCAGACUGGUACCGGGAAGACUUACACCAUGGCUGGAAGCAAUACUGCGCCGGAGUUGCGGGGCAUCAUACCCAACUCCUUCGCGCAUAUCUUCAGUCAUAUCGCUAAGGCUAAGGAUGAUGAGAAGUUCCUAGUAUGCGUGACAUACUUGGAGAUCUACAACGAAGAGGUUCGCGAUCUCCUCGGCAACAACCCUCACCAGAGCCUGGAGGUCAAGGAGAGGCCUGACAUAGGCGUCUUUGUUAAGGACUUGACAGGCUACGUAGUCCACAACGCAGAUGAACUAGAGAAAAUAAUGGCAGUCGGCAACAAGAACCGUCACAUCGGAGCGACCGCCAUGAACACUGAGAGCUCGCGCUCUCACGCCAUCUUCUCCAUCACGGUGGAAAGCAGCAAGAAGGGCAGCGACAACAAGAUGCACGUCAAGAUGGGGAAACUGCACCUUGUCGACUUGGCUGGUUCAGAACGCCAAAGCAAGACACAAGCCACGGGCACCCGUCUCAAAGAAGCGACUAAGAUCAACCAGUCUCUCUCAGUACUCGGCAACGUGAUAUCCGCACUGGUGGACGGCAAGUCUACUCAUAUACCGUACAGGAACUCCAAGCUUACCCGACUGCUGCAGGAUUCGCUAGGCGGUAACUCGAAGACUGUUAUGAUAGCCACCAUAGGCCCAGCAGACACCAACUACGUGGAGACUAUCAGCACUCUGCGCUACGCCAACCGCGCCAAGAACAUCGAGAACAAGACGCAUGUCAACAGCGAGCCGGGAGACGCGCUGCUUACUAGAUUCCAACAAGAAAUUGAUCAGCUCAAGAAACAGCUGGAUGAAUGCACUAAUGAAGUUGAAGAAGAAGAAGGCGAGGAAGAAGAGGAGUUGUCUGAGGAAGAUCUGUCAGACGACACGCUGACUGAACCAGAGUUAGACUCUCUCGAUCCUGUCGAGAAGAAGAUGCGACGCAAGCUUAGGAGAGAGGAGAAGGAGAAGCUGAACAGAGAGAAGGCUCAUCAGGCUCGCAAGGUCUUGGAGGAGAAGAAGGCUGAACUGCAGAGGACUAAGAAACAACAAGAAGAACUAAAAGACAAGCUCCAACGCCUGGAGUCCAAGGUCCUGGUGGGCGGCGAGAACCUUCUAGACAAGGCCGACGCCCAGCGCAGACUGCUGGAGCAGGCCGCCCGAGAGCUCGAGCAGAGGAAGCUCAACGAGCUGCGGCUGCAGGAGGACUUGCAGAAGAAAGAGGCUGAACGUCUAGACCUAGAAGAACGCUACUCCAGCCUCCAAGAAGAGAACGCAGCGAAGACCAGAAAACUGAAACGAGCAGUCCAACUCCUGAACAGCGCCAAAGCAGAACUAGCAGACCAGCAGAGAGAACAGCAGCGAGAGAUGGAGGGCAUCCUGGACAGCGUGAGGGCGCUCAAGCGGGAGAUACAGCUGGCGGACCUCGUGCUGGACUCUUAUAUACCUAAGGAGUAUCAGUCUCUGAUAGAGAAGUACGUGCACUGGAACGAGCAGCUCGGCGAGUGGCAAGUGAAGUGUGUCGCGUACACCGGCAACAACAUGAGCACCCCGCACCACGCCGCCGCCGCCCAUAGCCAUGCUAAACACAUGGACCCCCCUGACCUGUCAGACCGCUACCUGUCGUACAGUACGGUGAGCAGCCGCCCCAACACCCGCCUCGCGCGCCCGCACACCUCCGCCGUGCCCCGCCCGCAUACUGCGCUCAGGCAGCGGCAGUAGAUAUACCACCAUGCGAGGAAAAGAUGACCGAUUCCCGCAGGUUAAAAUUGCUAUAUUGACACAUUAUUAAAUUAGCA